GCAGCUCCCAGUGGAAUGCCAACCUCGUCCUGGCCGUUUCAGGCCUUUCAGAACGCAGUGGUCCGACUGCAUGACCUGUAUGGAGCCACUUUAGCUGAUCGAUCCCUCCAAGUCGCCACGUCCUUGUUGUCCUCCACCUUUUCGCAGCUGGAUCGACUGCUGGAAGGCACGACGCAAGCGCAGCUCAUUGCAAAGUAUACCGCCCAAGCCACCGAAGUGCCGACAGACGAGUUGGAUGCUCUUGCUUCCUCCUUCCACUCGGUGGUGACUUUUGUGCACCAAUCGGAGGAGUUCCAAUCUUUGGCCUCGCAGGUUGAUCCGGAGGGGGCGGAACACGUGAGAGUGAAGGCACACUUCUUGGAGAACCUCGUCGCUGAGGCAAAGGAAGCCAUCAAGCUGAUGCGCAGUAGCUUGAGCGCAGCAUCAGCAGUCCCCAGUGCUGUGGUGACCUCAUUAAGCUCGUCGGCUCAGGACUUGGAGGCAAAUCUUGGACAGCUUGAUAGUCUCCACCAACGGGCCAUUGACGAAGACACGGCCCUCCGGCCACUGCGUACGCUUCUACUGGCAGUACAACAUGCCCUUCAGGCGUACAGCUCAGAUCCAUCCCUUUCACUGAAAGCAGCCAGAGUGGAGAACGGUGAGGAUGAGGAGUCACUGGCUGUCCCACAACUUGGAGUUGGUCGUGAAAGCCGCUUGAAAUCCCUGUUGGAGAUUCUGCCGAUGGGACAAAUCGAAGGGGCACUGAUGUUGCACUUGACCCAGCUGCCAGCAUCGCCAACUUUGUCACCAUUGGGGCCUUUUGUCAAACAGACCUUGCAGCUCUCGCAGGCCAUUUUGUUGGGUGGGCUUGAAGCAAUGCUUGCAGCUUCACAGAUCACGCUGAGCAUUUUGCGGCUGGUGAGCUUCAUGAUGGAGAAAGGACUAAAUGCAAAAGAAGAAGAGAAGGAAGGAGAUGGCGAAGGCGGUGAAACGGAGUGGGCCUCUGGCACCGGCAUGGGUCAAGGCGAAGGCCUUCGAGAUGUGACCGACGAGAUCGAGGAUGAUGCACAACUUGAGGGAACACGCAAUGAGAAGGAAGGAGAACAGCCUGAGCCAGAGCAGCCGAAGCCUGAAGAGGACAAAGCCCGUGAAGUUGGAUUUGACCUGGACACUGAAGCCAAGGCUAUGCCGGAGAAAGAGGAAGAUCAGCAGCAAGACCAAGAGAAAGAUAAUGAAGAAGAGCAAGAGUUGGAUCGUCAACAAGGCGAGGUCGACCUCUCAAAAGGUGGCACAUUGGACGAAAAGCUUUGGAACGGAGAUGAGGACGACAAGGAAGAUGAAGAAGAUGGUGAUGCCAACAAUGAAAAGGAGAAAGGCCCUCAAGAAGAAAUUGAGGCACAUGGUGCUGAAGGCCAAGGGGAGGCGGAAACCACCGCAAAAGAUGGGGAAGAUAGUAAGUCGAAGAAAGAUCCCAAAAACGAGGCAAAAGAUGUAGAGAAAGAAGAUAUUCCCGAGCAGGAGCCACAGGAGCCAGACAAGACGGACUUCGAAGACAAAGACGCACAGUUUGAUGUGCAGAUGCAGCCACAAGGGCCUUCUGGUGCAGAUGGCGAAGGCGAAGGCGAAGGCGAAGGUCAAGGCGAAGGGGAGGGCGAACAAGGUGAUGCUGACUCUGACUUUAUCAAGUCGGACAUCGAGAUGGAGGGAGAGGGUGGUGAAGAUGAUGAAGACGAAGGAUCUGAAGGCAAAUGUGAAGAGGAAGUGGGUGAUCUUGAUGCAGCUGAGCCUGGUGUCCCGCAAGAAAAGUUGGAGGAUGGGCCCGAUGCGCUGGAGCAGGAUGGAAUGGAGCCUUGCGUUCAAGGAGAGGACAAGCCACAAGAAGAACAGGACGACAACGCCGAGAACAAGGACGUCGAUCCUUCGAAAGCGCAAACGACCGACGGGUCGAAGCCUCCAGAGCCGCUGCAGCAAGGAGAUCCGGGCACGCCAUCUGCUGGGAAGGAUACCACAGCUCCGCAGCAACGGCAGCAGGACGAGCAAAUGUUCGGAGGUAGCACAGGGGAAUCUGCAAACUUUCAGUCGCAAGCUCAGCAAGAUGCCCAAGAUGCAUCAGCUGGAGAUGAAAGAGGAGGCUCCACUGCGACUGCAACUGAUUCGCGUGGAGAUCGAACUGAAGUACCAUCAGCCAAGCCUCAAAAGUCAGCAGCAGACAAGACGCAGGCUCCAUCAAGGCCCAGUCCGGCAGAGGGAGAAGGCAGUGAGGAGCGCCGCUUGCAGAAGCUUGACAUUUUGCGCGAAGCAGAUGGUGGGGAUGACGCAAUGGGCCAGCAGCAAGAAGCUGGUGCUGAGCAAGGGCUGCACUUGGCAGACCCCAAAAGUGGCCUGGAAGCGCUGGGUGAGACGAAGGAGAAUGCUGGCGUUGAUCAAAAAGCCAUGGGAAUCACAGAGCAGGAUGGUGAGGCUGAAGAAGAGAAUGAGGCAAUGGCCAUGGAUGAGGAGCAACCAGGAAAGCAGGAACAGAAGCUGCCAAGCAUGCACCUGCAGGAGACCAAGGAAGGUGAACUUCCAGAUGAUCAAGGCAGGCUGUCACAGGCACCUCCUCAGGAAACUGAGGAGAAAAUGCAGCUGGAGGGACCCCGUGGCGGCACCAACGUGUCCAACGUGUCGGCGACCCUCGGGGACUCUCGACACCAGGCGAUGGAGGUGGAUGCGGAGGGCGAAGCUGAGGAUGAGGUCGUAUGGAAGAAGAGGUCAGAGCACGAGGCCAUGCAGCUUUGGGGAGAGCUUGAAAGGAGCACAUCGCCUCUAGCUGCCGCCCUCUGCGAACAGCUUCGCACGAUCUUGGAGCCGACCUUGAAAGGUCGGCUCCAGGGAUACUUCCGAACCGGGAAGCGAAUCUCGAUGAGAAGAGUGAUCCCCUUCAUUGCCUCCAAUUAUCGGAGAGACAAGAUAUGGCUUCGUCGUACGAAGCCUUCCAAGCGAGAGUACCAGAUUGUCGUGGCCAUCGACAAUUCACGCAGCAUGAAAGAAUGCAGUGUCGGACCAAUCGCACUACAAACUCUUUGUGUCUUAUGUCAGGCCCUUGCCCAGUUGGAGGUUGGAGAAUAUGCAGUCCUUGCUUUCGGGAGUGCAUCUCCUCGGGUUCUCCUUCCACUGGGUUCUGGGCAACCCCACGCCAACAGUUUCAACUGGACACAAGCAGGACCACUUCUUCGAGAGUUCACCUUCGAAGAGGAAUCUGUGCAGAGCCAUGAUCGAAGCUUGGCAGAUAUGAUGCGGCUCAGUUCCGAACUGUUCGAUGAGCGAAGUGGUCCAAGCCCAGCGCGACCCUUCAGCCAGAUGAGCAUCAUCAUUUCAGAUGGCCGCUUCAAUAAGAACAAAGUCAGACCAUGGGUUCAUUCAGCAUUGGCACGGCAGCAACUUCCUCUUCUGAUCAUAGUUGACGCUGAGUUUGAAGGGGCUCAGCCAGCUGGAAGCACUGCGAAACGGAGUGUCUUUGACCUCCGAGCAGUCACUUACGAAUCGGGUCGAUGCCAGGUUGUACCAUACUUGCAGGACUUCCCAUUUCCGUAUUAUGUCGUGGUUCAGGAUUUGCAGAGUCUUCCAGCAAUCUUGAGCGAUGUGAUGAAGCAAUGGUUCGAACUCGCAACGAGUGCCUGAGUUCUCACCGGUAUCCGUGUACCUCCUCGCGGAGAACUUGAAGGCAUUGCCUCCAAGCUGAAAGCAGAAUGUGCAGCUUCAAAGCCUGGCUUAGAAGUUCCGGAUGCGCGAUCCAAAAACUUCGAGCGUUGCAAAUGAAUCACCACUCCUGGCAGACGUGGAUCGAAGAAACUGAGGGC